CAUCAGGCCGCGACAGGCUUCUCGUUACGCAGUUGUUAGUCUGAUGGGAUUUGUUGGUGUUUGCCUUCGGAGUUUCCGUUAAAAGAACCUUUUACGAGCAGAUCCGCAGAGCCCCGCACAGCCCGCACCACCCGCACAGCCCCGCGGCUCACCGAGGCACAGCUGCUUGUUCUGGAGUUCUGCGUUUGCUCACAGGAUGCUAACAGUUAGCAUCGCUAGCUCAGAUUAACUGCAGUCUUUAAUAGUCCCGGGUGCGUUGGGUUGUUUUCUCCAUGGAGCUUCCCGGAGGAGGAGCGGUGCUGCCCGGUGGGAACGUCCCGGCCUUCCUCACCAAACUGUGGACCCUGGUGGAGGACCCGGACACCGACCCGCUCAUCUGCUGGAGCCCGAGUGGAACCAGCUUCCAUGUUUUUGAUCAGGGUCACUUCUCAAAAGAAGUUCUGCCCAAGUUCUUCAAACACAACAACAUGGCCAGCUUCAUUAGACAGCUGAACAUGUAUGGCUUCCGGAAAGUGGUGCACAUCGAGCACAGUGGUUUAGUGAAACCAGAGAGAGACGACACAGAGUUCCAACAUCCGUUCUUCAUCAAAGGACAAGAACACCUGCUGGAGAACAUCAAACGCAAAGUCACCAACGUGUCCUCGGCAGUGCGUCAGGAGGAAGUGAAGGUCUCCACAGAUGAAGUGAAUAAGAUCCUGACCGACGUCCAGCUGAUGAAGGGAAAACAGGAAACCAUCGACUCUAGGAUCGGUGCCAUGAAACAUGAAAACGAGGCUCUGUGGAGGGAGGUGGCCAGUCUGAGACAGAAACACACUCAGCAACAGAAAGUCGUCAACAAGUUGAUCCAGUUUCUGGUGUCUCUCAUCCAAACCAACAGGAUCCUGGGAGUCAAGAGGAAGAUUCCUCUGAUGCUGAAUGACUCCAGCUCCGCCCACCCCAUGCCUAAGUACAGUCGACAGUUCUCAUUGGAGCACAUGCAGGCUACAGCCAAUCUGUUCUCAGCUGACUCCCCUGUGUCCUCUGGGCCAAUCAUCUCGGAUGUCACAGAGGUGGCCCAACCCAUCUUGGAGGAUGCAGCCACUGACUGGACGGACGCAGGAGAGAACCAAUUCAUUAACAUCAAAGAGGAGCCAGCAAGUCCUGAGGUGGUGGAGGUGUGUCCUGUUCUGGAAGGUGGGGCUUCACCUGUAGACACACCCCUCUCCCCCACCACUUUCAUCAAUUCCAUCCUUCAAGACAAUGAGAUGCAUCCGACCGCCAACACCUCCACCGCCACCGCUUCGCCAGCAGCCAUUGUUCUGGGCUCCUCUGGGCCCCUCCCACCAUCACCAACCGGCCAAUCACCUCCCACCAUUCUCACCUCCAACUCCAGUCCAGGCACUGCUCAGCAGAAAUGUCAGACGCUCGCCUGCAUCGACCGACCCCUCCCCCCUUCCUCUGCAGGUGGAUUCUCUCCAGACGUGUGGCGCUUCGUCUCAUCAACACCUGACAAGUCUGAACUGUUGGACCAUGUGGACACUAUGGAGAACAGUCUAGAAAACCUACAGAACAUCCUCAACACACAAAGCUUCACCUUCGACACCUCGCCCAUCAUCGAGUUUCUCACUUCACCCUGUUCCACUGGAGACUUUGACCUGGACUGUUUGGACAACCUGCUGGCUGAAGACGCUCCGAAAGGAAGUGAUGGAAGCAGCGACACAGGGAAACAGCUGGUGCAGUACUCUGCCACACCUCUGAUGGCGUCAGCUGACCUGCCGUCCCUGCUGGAGCUGGAGUCAGAGCGUUUCCUCACGUCAGACCCGUCCCCUGACGAGCUGCUGAGCCACGCCCACCUGGACUCGAACCUUUGACAUCGUGAGGACACGUGAGGACUCAUCCAUAACCAUGGCAGCAGGACAAUCAGCACUGACUGCAGCAAGAGACAAUGAGGGAGUCCUCAAUCCGCUCGAAGCUUUUUAGAAUGCAGUUGUUAUUGAUCUUUAUUAUUCCUAUAGACCUGCGUCCUCCUCCUCGGCUCUGAUUUUAGCUUUGUUUUUUAUUUUAGCUGUUUGCUGCUUUUAUUAAAAUGUUUGUUUGACGCUCUCAGCGAACCAGGGUCAUGUGUGUACCUGCCCGUCCAAUCAGAAACAGCUCUGAGCUCAGUUGGUGAUGUCACAUGGACAGGUGAGGAAGGAUCAUGGGAUCCAGCUGUUCCGUGUUCUGCAUGUUCAAGUCAGACUUAGUUUGUCUUUGUUUUCAUGUAUAAGAUAUAGAUUCAAUGAGAAGAAUCUGUAUAUUUUUGGAAAAGUUUAUUAUGUAUGAGAACCCCCCCACCCCCCACCCCCUUAAAUCACCUCUGUUACCAUGGAAGCAGAUUGCAGGAUCUGAUGGACCAGAUGUCAGCCAUGUUGUUGUUGAUUGAUCCACAUUAAACAGUUUAUGAGUU